UAAGAACUUGAAUGCCAUCCCAUUCACAUUGAACUGGUAUGGGAAAGGGCACCGCACACUCCCUCCCUCGCUUCAUCUUCUCACUGCGACCUUUCGUCGAGCACCUGGUGCGCACCUCCCAUUUUCCCAGACCUUCAACUUUCGCUCGCGCUCUCUCUUCUUCCCUCACCGCCCCACCUCCCCUGAAAGACCAGCAAGACCCCUACGCCCUCCUCAAACAAGACCCAAUUGAAAUCUGCUCCAAUCUCUGGGUCAAAGCCUUCUCCUCCCCACCAACCACGACCUUCCCCAACCUCACCGGCUUCCUCUCCAAAUUCGACCUCUGGGUCCUCGCCUACCAGCGCUGCUGCGCCCACGUGACCGGCACGUUCCCUCCCCGCAACGCCGUCCACUCCCACGUCCUCCACGACCUCCUCUCCCUCCGAAACGCCGUCGUUAAAGGAAACUAUGCCUGGAACAAGAAGACCCACCAGUUCAUUCGGAGCCCCAACGACAGGCCCAGCACCGAGGUCGUCUCCAAGCGGAAGCUCCAGGCAAUGCUCGAGUCCGACGAGCCUUGCUUUCAGGAUAGGAUUGUGCAGGAGGUGUUGCUGAUGAUCAUUGAGCCGGUUUUCGAGGCCCGAUUCUCGCCGAAAGCCCAUGGGUUUCGGCCCGGCCGGAAUGCCCACACUGUAAUUCGGACCAUCCGGAGCAACUUCGCCGGGUACUUGUGGUUUCUGAAGGGAGAUGUCAGUGAGGUUUUCGAAAAUGUGGAUGGAAAUGUGGUGAUGGGUUGCUUGGAGCAGGCAGUGAGGGAUAGGAAGAUAUUGGGUUUGGUGAAAUCUGCACUCAGAGCACCGAAUCGGAUACAGAGCAGUGAUGGUGAUGAACAAUGGCCGAGGAAGAAGAAGAAGAAGAAGGUUUCAAAGAAGAAGAAGAUUUUGAAUGACAAGGAAGCGAAACCGGACCCGUAUUGGCUCAGAACCUUUUUCAACUUUGCACCUGAGGAAGCAGCUAAGGUACCUUGUUAUGGGAACUGUGGAAUUUUGAGUCCUUUACUUUCGAAUGUGUGUCUGAAUGAGUUGGAUCAAGUUAUGGAAGAGAAGAUAGUUGAGUUUUUUAGGCCAUCUGAGACUGAUUCUAUAUGGAAAAAUUCGAUUAAUGAUGGCUGUCAUAACCCGGCUUGGCCGGAGUUUGUGCCUGCGAGUGGGGAUGAGAAAACAAGGAAAAUGGAUUACAUUAGGUAUGGGGGUCAUUUCUUGAUUGGUAUUCGAGGGCCUAGAGAGGAUGCAGUGGAUAUGCGAAAGCAAAUCAUUGAGUUUUGUGAGAGAAGAUUCGGGUUAAGGUUGGAUAAUGCUAAAUUGGAGAUUGAACACAUAACUAGGGGGAUUCAGUUUUUGGACCAUAUAAUUUGCAGGAGGGUUAUACACCCUACACUUAGGUACACAGCCACUGGUGGUAAUGUUGUGAGUGAAAAAGGUGUAGGGACUUUGCUUUCAGUUACUGCUAGCUUACAACAAUGUAUUCGCCAAUUCCGGCGGCUUGCAUUUGUUAAGGGUGAUAAAGAUCCUGAGCCAUUGCCCUGCACUCCGAUGCUUUACUCGAGUCAAGCUCAUACUAACUCUCAGAUGAAUAAGUUAUUGGAGACCAUGGCUGAUUGGUACAGAUACGCUGAUAAUCGCAAGAAAGUUGUUGGUUUUUGUGCUUAUGUGAUUCGCAGCUCUUUGGCUAAACUGUAUGCUGCAAGGUAUAGACUAAAAUCAAGGGCCAAAGUGUAUAGUAUAGCUACCCGCGAUCUCAGUCGUCCACUGAGGGAGAGCAGUAACAACUCUGCACCUGAAUAUUCUGAUCUAUUAAGGAUGGGACUUGUUGAUGCAAUUGAAGGUGUUCGGUUCUCGCACAUGUCUUUGAUCCCAUCUUGUGAUUACUCGCCAUUUCCUAGGAAUUGGGUUCCAGAUCAUGAGCGGCUCUUACGAGACUACAUCAGACUUGAAGACCCAAAGUUCUUCUGUGCCUUACAUAGAUCAAUUAAAAAAGAUGGUUUAAGUUUGCCUCAAGAUGAGAUAUCUGAACUUCUGUGGCAUUUCAAGUCCGUUGGGGUUCGGAACUAUCUGCUAAAGGAGAAAAGGAAACAAAAACAUGAUGUCGUGGACAUUCGUGGUACAUGAUGAAAUCUAUCACAGAGCGGAAUAUGAAACUUCCUCAAAUUGUUUACCAGGCAGAGACCUGCUUGAAAUGCUAAUGGCCAUUGUUUCCACUUCCAUGGAAAGGUCUGUGAGCUAAACAUUAUAUACUUCUUUCAGUGUCUAAUUGCUUGUAGCUGUAGCUGGAUUGAGAAGGAAUGACUGUGAUUUGGGAUUUGAAUGCUACACAUGAAUAGCUGGCCAAUGGUUUGAUAACAGUUCCUCAAAUGGUCUGCCCUCGAGUACUUUUUAGCUGAGCAAGAAAUCAUUUCAAAGAUUGAAGGCAUUUAUCUGGUUUUGGGAGAUUUGAUAGAGGACACGAGUGAAGAUAUUUAAGUUGAUUCUAUGGAAGUAUGCUGCAAAUGAUCAAGAAAGGAGUCCGAAGUAAGCUUUUGAAUAUUUGCUGUUGCGACUUUGGCAUUUGUAGGGAAGAUAAGUGAUUACAGUAUUACACUACAACCAACUUUCAUGCUUUACAAUCAUAGAGAAUUCAUUAAUCUAAGAUAGCCUUGAUAUUCAUAUAUAGCAUUUAUCCAUCACCAACUUUGAUGCUUAGACGUCUCUGCAUCCUUGAGUGGUGGGUGGGAGUUUCAAUGCAAAGCUUCUCUAGAGCAAGAUCUUUGAACAGAUUUCAAAAACAGAGAUCCAGAAGAAUCUGGAAGAACAUGUCCUUGUUGGCACAACCACCGAGUUUCUUGAUCCUACCUUUCUCAACAAACAUUGUGAGCUCAGGAUCGUAGACGAUAGUCUUGCCAAUGUUCCUGAACCUGUGCUCCUUCUGCUUCAGCGAAACAAAGCCUGGAAGGUCGGUGGUGCCCUGUCUCCACAAUGUCUGAUCGUAGGAUGCCUUUGGGAAGACACAACUCUUCCCACCCUUCAUGGAACUUCUGCUUGCAGAGAGCUUCACCCUGGUAAAUCUCUGUCAUUUCUGUAACUUUUGAUCAGUUCAGAAGCCUUUUGAUCAGUUCAGAAGCCGUCUUCGAUACUGGAGGAAUUGGCAAGAAUUAAGAGCUACCAGAGGAAAUUGAAUAGGGUUGGAGCAACAGGAUCUGUCUAACUAUUCUGCUUCAAGUUACUACUACUUGUACGCAACACACUGUUUAAUGUGGUCAUUUAGCAUGAUGAAUUCAAUUUGAAGCCGAUUCUUCUUCA